CCGCCCGGCUCCCCUCCCGCCCCCCCCACCCCCGCCCUCCGCUACGCGCCGCCUGCGAGGAAACAAAGUGCUGCGGGCGGGAGACUCGGCGGCGGCGGCGGCGUGCAGACCUUGCUCGGCAUUCCGGGUCACCCUCUCCCCUGCCUUCCCCUGUGUGUGUGUGUGUGUGUCUGCGUGCGCGUGUUUCCUUACAAAGGGCCUUUUACGAUUGAUUGAUUCGCAGCCCUCCCCCUUUGCCCUUUGUGUGUUGUAACCCGGCUCCCGCCAUCCCAGGUGCUUCUCCCUUCCUCCCCAGGGUCGCAGUUCUUGUGCCUUUGCCGUCUUCCCCCACGCCCCCCCCACCCCUCCCUCCCGUCCCGGCUUCACCCCCAUCGCCUCAUCCCGGGGCUCCCCGUUCCGCAAAUCGCCACCGAUCGCUCCGCCGCCCGCCAUGGCGACCGCGACCCCCUUGCCGCUGCGGUCGGGCAGCCGCGCCAGCGCCCCCGCCACGCCGCUGAGCCCCACGAGGCUGUCGCGGCUGCAGGAGAAGGAGGAGCUGCGGGAGCUCAAUGACCGCCUGGCCGUGUACAUCGACAAGGUGCGCAGCCUGGAGACGGAGAACAGCGCGCUGCAGCUGCAGGUGACGGAACGCGAGGAGGUGCGCGGCCGCGAGCUCACCGGCCUCAAGGCGCUUUACGAGACGGAGCUGGCGGACGCGCGCCGCGCCCUGGACGACACGGCCCGCGAGCGCGCCAAGCUGCAGAUCGAGCUGGGCAAGUUCAAGGCCGAGCACGACCAGCUGCUGCUCAAUUACGCUAAGAAAGAAUCUGAUCUGAGUGGAGCCCAGAUCAAGCUUCGAGAAUAUGAAGCGGCACUGAAUUCUAAGGAUGCGGCCCUGGCUACCGCUCUUAGUGAUAAGAAGUGCCUAGAGGGAGAUUUGGAGGAUCUGAAGGAUCAGGUUGCCCAGUUGGAAGCCUCCUUAGCUGCUGCCAAGAAGCAGUUAGCAGAUGAAACCUUACUUAAAGUGGAUUUGGAGAAUCGCUGUCAGAGUCUCACUGAGGACUUGGAAUUUCGUAAAAGCAUGUAUGAGGAGGAGAUAAAUGAGACCAGGAGGAAACAUGAGACCCGCUUGGUAGAGGUGGAUUCUGGGCGUCAGAUUGAGUACGAGUAUAAGCUGGCUCAAGCCCUUCAUGAGAUGAGAGAGCAGCACGAUGCCCAGGUGAAGCUGUACAAGGAAGAGCUGGAGCAGACUUAUCACGCCAAGCUUGAAAAUGCCAGACUGUCUUCAGAGAUGAAUACAUCUUCUGUCAACAGUGCCAGAGAAGAACUGAUGGAGAGUCGCAUGAGAAUCGAGAGCCUUUCAUCUCAACUUUCUAAUCUACAGAAAGAGUCUAGAGCAUGUUUGGAGAGGAUUCAAGAAUUGGAGGACUUGCUUGCUAAAGAAAGAGAUAACUCUCGGCGCAUGCUGUCUGACAAAGAGAGAGAGAUGGCAGAAAUAAGGGAUCAGAUGCAACAACAGCUGAAUGAUUAUGAGCAACUGCUUGAUGUUAAGUUAGCUCUGGACAUGGAAAUCAGUGCUUACCGGAAACUCUUAGAAGGGGAGGAAGAGAGAUUGAAGCUCUCCCCAAGCCCUUCUUCUCGAGUGACAGUAUCUCGAGCAUCCUCCAGUCGAAGUGUGCGAACAACCAGAGGAAAGCGGAAGAGGGUCGACGUUGAAGAGUCGGAGGCCAGCAGUAGUGUUAGCAUCUCCCAUUCUGCAUCAGCCACAGGGAAUGUCUGCAUUGAAGAGAUCGAUGUGGAUGGGAAAUUUAUCCGCCUGAAGAACACUUCUGAACAGGAUCAACCAAUGGGAGGCUGGGAGAUGAUCAGAAAAAUUGGAGACACAUCAGUCAGUUACAAAUAUACCUCAAGAUAUGUGCUGAAGGCCGGCCAGACUGUUACAAUAUGGGCUGCAAAUGCUGGUGUCACAGCCAGUCCACCCACAGACCUCAUCUGGAAGAACCAGAACUCUUGGGGCACUGGUGAAGAUGUGAAGGUUAUAUUGAAGAAUUCUCAGGGAGAGGAGGUUGCACAAAGAAGUACAGUCUUUAAAACAACCAUACCCGAAGAGGAAGAAGAAGAAGAGGCAGCUGAAGUACUUGUGGAAGAAGAACUUUUCCACCAGCAGGGAACUCCAAGAGCAUCUAAUAAAAGCUGUGCAAUUAUGUAAACUUCUCAAGUCAACCGUCUUCCUCAAAAUAAAGAAGUAUGGUAAUCCUUACCUACAUACAGUGCAGAGCCUUCUCAGAAGCACAGAAUAUUUUUAUAUUUCCUUUAUGUGAAUUUUUAAGCUGCGAAUUGAUGGCCUUAAUUUCCUUUUUUUGACACUGAAAGUUUUGUAAAAGAAAUCAUAUCCAUACACUUUGUUGCAAGAUGUGAAUUAUCAACACUGAACUAACUGUACUGUUUGGGAAGGGUCCCUCACAUUUUUUGACUUUUUUUUAAUGCGUAUGUGUGAGGUUUUUUUUUUUUGUUGUUGUUGUUGUAGUUUUUUUUUUUUUUCUUUUCUUUUUUUAAGUUCUUAUGAGAAGGGGAAGGGAGGGUAAAUAAACCACUGUGUGUCUGGGUAUUAUUUGAAGAUUGC